ACAUCUUUGGUGUCAGUCUUACUGCUUAGACCACCUCAACAUCUCUAAAAAUGGCUACAGCUGGAAAAGUAAGUGCGAAAUGAAAAUUAUGAUUAAAAAGUAACAAAAUGAGCUUAUUUAUUUCUAACGAGAAGGAUGGGUAGGGAAUGAUUAAUCUUUGGGAAUUGUACCCAUUGUAGGCUAAAUGACUGAGGAUGCACGAGAGAAUGGGAACAUGGGUAAGCAUGACACCCGGGCAGGGCCAGUCAUAGACGUCAUAGUCAAACAUUAUCAUGAUUAUGAUUGCCCCGCAGUAUGACACCGGCUGCCAAUGCGAAAUUCGUUUGAAGCUGAGAGCUCAAAAGCAACUACCAAUAGAAUAUUCAUAUUUGCAUUAGGUACAUUUUAAGGACAACUGCCACUAUUUUAUCGAAUUUCACGAAUGUAUCCCUAAACUAAAUUGAGGGGUAAUAAGGGGAGAGACUGCAAUCAGGUUAGUACAAAAUAAAAUGAGUAAAACAAAAACUGUAUAAAAAUAAAAAUAAGAAAUAGCACUUAGCUGGUAAGUAGUAUCUGUGGGCAGCAAUAGAACACACUUCUAUUGCUGCCCACAGAUACUACUUACCAGCUAAGUGUUAUUUCUUAUUUUUAUACCGUUUUUUCUGUUGUUUUGUUCAUCGACGAAGACUUUCUGCCGACACGUUCGCUGUUUUGUUGCGUUUAUUUUUUUAGGUUUAACCCUAGUCUGUUUUACUCAUUUUAUUUUAAACUAAAUCGACCCCUAUGCCGCAUGCCUAACCUGAACCCUAAAUCGAUCCCUAUGCCUAACCUGAACCCUAAAUCCAUCCCUAUGCCUAACCUUAACCCUAAAUCGAUCCCUCAACCUAACCUAAACCCUAAUUCACUGCAACUAUAAUAAACACCCUGGCAGCCGUCCUUAAUAUUAGCCUUGCAUUAUUUUUAAACUAGGAGUCACUCAAUGUAAGGGAUGAAACAUGAUAUUUUGAUGAUCCUUGUUUCUUUCAGGGAAUUUUGAUGAGUGGGGUGCUAUUGCACAGAGGGGCUGGGGUGUUCAUUUAUAAACACCUCAAGUCGUAAGCAUAAUGGCAAUACCUGGGGGUAUGGCUAUCAUGCCAUGACAUUGAUUUGGAUCAAUAAAGGAAUGUUGGUUUGGUAAUCUUGCAGUUCUGGUGCAUAUAUUAUUUAUGAUUGAAUUUCUUAUUAUCGCGUGUAAUCUUACAUGAUUCUUUAUAAAAUUUAGUGUAUUAGUUAGCCCUAGCCUAACACUAAAUUGUACAGCAAUAACUUUUCUUUUUAUUGAUUUUCACAGCCCCCAUUGGUACAUGGCCGUAGCGUAAACCAGGCCUGCGCAACAUAUGGCCCACGGGCCACAUGCGGCCCACCAGAGCCCACUUUGCGGCCCGGGAAGGAACGAAAUAUUCUAAAUUCUUGUUAUUUUCUUAAUAGCUUUCCCCCUGUCCUUUUUAUGUUUUAGCCCGCACAAGUCAUAAUCUAUUUUCUUUUGGAUAGCACAAGGUUUUCAUAAAGCAUUACGGCCCGCCUUACAUUUUGAGUUGUGCAGGCCUGGAGUAAUCGAUCUCUCAAUUUUCUUAUAUUUUUUAAAAAUUCACCCUAUAUGCCAGAUUGCAAUUUUUCAACUGAAAGCACAUUAAAAAAAACGAAACAAAAAAUCAUUAGAUUUAUAUCAAAUUAUACCAAAAUUAUUUAUUGAUGCUUAACUUUUCAAACUAAAAGCAUGUUCACAAAAUAAAUUUAUAUAAAAUUAGCGUGUAAAUUGGCUAAUCUUAGGAAAAAUUAAAAUUAUGAGUUCAUAAACGUCAGUAACGGUUUUUGAAUAUGGAUUAUCGAGUGUAUGUAUGUUAUUAUGUUUACUAAAUUAGAUCUUGUUCCAUUCACCCAUGCCCAUGCAGGAGCCUUUGAUUGGAAUUAUAUUUAUACACCCAUAUAAGAAAAAAAAAGAAUUUCGUGCCCCUAUAAAAUAACAGAACAUCUAAUAAAGUUCAACACCCCUCUCCCCCCAUAUUUCAUUCUUUUUGUGAACAUGGCUACAGUUUGAAAAUUUCGUUUUGCAUACUAACUUUUUGGUGAUAAAAAAUCUGGCAACAUGGUAAAAAAUACAAAACAAUUACAAAUGGAGCAAUGGAAGGUUGGGGAUGUUCAAAGACGCUUAAGAAAUAAAAUAAAACAAAAAUAAGUGCUGUAUAAUUCAGUAUUAGUUAACUACUGCCUGGAUUUAAUUUAAUGAAGAAUACACGUAAGUUUACACGCAAUAAUACGAAAUUCGAUCGGAAAUAAUUUACGCACCUGAACUGCUAGAUUACCAGGAAUGUUAUCUUAUCAAUAAAAUAAUAACUGGUAAAACAGCACUUCAAACCUGAAAAACAUGAUUUUUCAAUAGCAGACGCUGAAUCAUCUGCAAUUCAAAAGAUAAGAUACAAUUCGUUUAUUGAUCCAAAUAAAUGGAAAUGUUUUUUAAUUACAUUUUAUUUUUUACAUAUUCAAUUUCAGCACAUGAAUAAAAAAAUUUAGCAAGACAUUAAAUUAUUAGAAUUAUAGGCAUUUAUAUGUAUUGUUGGGAAGGUAGGCUUAAUCAAAAGAUUUCAAAUAUUUGGAAUCAAAUACAAAAUCUAGAUUGGCCUUAAAUUUAAAUAUUCUAAUAAUUAAAUAUGAAAGUUUCUAUUGGUAGCUUCUAGAGAGCUAUUUGUAGUAAUCUACCAAUAGCUUCUAGAGCGCUAUUGGUUGCCCAAGCAAUCAAAUUAAUCAAAUCAAACCAAAACUGGAAUUUUAAAAAUCUGCUAUCAGUGACGCUCAUUUAUUACUAGUUCAUACUAGUGACAAUAACAAUAGUGAAUCCUCAAAGAAUUUUAGUUUUAAAUUAAUUUGGUAUUUUGUUACUUUCAAAGAUUUUGAGAAUGUCAUCAAAGCUGUAGAAGAGUUUCAAAAUGCUGUUUUUCUAUAAUGCUAUUUGCUAUAUAAUUAUAAUUUAUAAUAUAGACCUAAUAUAGAUAGAUAGAUACUGGGGGCAAGGGGAUCAUAGUCUUAAAAAAUUAUACCCAUCUUCUUUUUUUGCCAAGGCUAAGUAGAUUAAUAUGUGCACAACUGAAAAAUAAAAUCCAGCUGAGGCUGAGAAAUAAAUUUAUUGUAAACAUUUUCUGUGUGCUAAUUAUUAUGAAUAAAAUUAUGAAUUAAAAUAUAGGCCUUAAUGUGUCUAUAAUUACCAUAAUAAUAGUUUUAGUGCAUAUUAAACAAAAAUCUUGUUACUUUAGUCAAAGUAAAAUGAAAGGGUAUAAUAAUGUGAUUAGGCUUAAUGAUGAAAAAAUAAACUUUGGCCAAUCUCUGUUUAAGGACAUGGUCAACUGACACCCCCCAGCUCCCCCAUUAUAGAUUUUCUGGUGGGAGAUAAGGCCUAAUGAGUAUUAUUGGUCAAUUGAGUCCUGCAGUGCUGUAAGUGUGACAUAAUUAAGAGGGUGGGGUGACCAGUCGUUAAAGAUUUGUGAUGGGGGGAGGGGGACAAAUUGUAAAAAAUAGUGUGGCACACUUUAAUGACGGACCCAAACUUACUAAUUCGGUAGACUUAAAGUUCCUAAAUGUUUAGUCUUAGUAAAAGUUUUUAAAAGUCUACUAGAAUUUGGAACUUAGGCUGCGGCUUAGCCAACUAAUAAGUUUAGCCUAGAUCAAAAGUGUUUUUUUUUUUUAAUUUGUAGGCCCUAAUUAUCAUAGUAUUAGUACAAACCUAAUACUAAUUACUACUAUUACUAUUAGGCCCUAAUAAUAUUGUUACAUUACAAUUAUAAGUAUGUAGUACUAGUGUCAUUCCUGUGUAAGAUAUGAAAGAAGUGUAUUGAGGAAAGACUGACUAUCCUUUCCCUUGAAUUUAGUAAUUCAAGUGAGUACAUACCUGGGCUAGGAAAUAUACAUUUAUGAUUUAAGUUGAAAGGACCAUAAAUUUAAUUAUAAAAUAGAAGAAUUUGGUUUGAGUUAAAACAGUUCUUAAAAAAUGCUUUUUUUUCCCCUCUAAAUUUUUGCAGUCUAUAACUUGCCUAGCUGCAGUUGCCUGGGAGGCAAAAAAGCCCCUUUCAAUAGAGACAGUUGAAGUUGCCCCACCUAAAGCUGGAGAAGUUAGGAUUCAAGUAAGAUUGAAUUACAAAAUGAUUAUUUUAGAAUAUAUUUUUCUUUAAUUAAGUGCUUGCCGCUUGCCUGUAAAAGGCAAAAUGCAGUUUGUCACAUAAAUAUUCAUUUUAAAAUCUUAAAUAAUUAACCUUCCCGAUCAGUUAUUAGAAAAUUUAUUUGGAAAAUGUUUAAAAUAAUCAUGCAUCAUUACAUAAAUAAUUGUUGUUUCCAGAUCCUUGCCACAGGUGUGUGCCAUACAGAUGCAUACACUUUGGAAGGUCAUGAUCCUGAGGGAGUUUUUCCAGUUAUACUUGGCCAUGAGGGAGGAGGAAUUGUUGAGAGUGUUGGAGAAGGUGUGACUUCAGUAGCUCCUGGUAAGUUACCUAAAAAUUGAAACAAAAAUUUGUGUGCAUUUAUAUGGUAAAAGAAAUUUGAAUGAUGAUUUUUUAAUUAAAAAAAAAUAUUUUUAAAAACUUUUUAAAAAUUUCGAUUAGUUUCUUAUUUGCUGAGAGUGAAUAAUAAAAAAAAAGGAGUAAAUACACUAUUAAAAAAUAUGAUAACCAACUGCAUAUUUGUUGUACAGGAGAUCAUGUCAUUCCAUUGUACACUCCACAAUGCUAUGAGUGCAAAUUUUGUAAAAGCCCAAAAACCAACCUGUGUCAAAAAAUUAGGUAAAUGGUCUUAUUUUUAUCCCCACUUUUACAUUACAUUAACACUGACCUUCAGUGACACAUACUAAAGAAAUGAGUAAAGAUGUAUCAUUUGCAGAUCAGUAAUUGUAAGAAACAAUUUUUGAAUGACUAAUAUUUAUAUUAAUUGCAGGAGAAAUAAUAACUUUUUUGAUUUCUCAAAGAAAUGUUUCAUCAUUUUGAGCUCUGUGAAAUUAGUAUGGCCAAAAUUCAAGCUAUUCUUUAUUCAAACUAUCUCUAACUGUUGCUGAGAUUGACAGAAUUGAAGAAACUACUCUCUAACUGUUGCUGAGUAUUUACAGAAUUGACAAGAUUUGCUUUAUUAUAUUUUCUGUUAGAGUGACACAGGGGCAAGGACUGAUGCCUGAUGGAACUACAAGAUUUACCUGCAAAGGAAAGCAACUUUUUCAUUUCAUGGGCUGCUCAUCUUUCUCAGAGUAUACAGUGUGUGCUGAGAUUUCUGUCUGCAAGGUUGGUUAAAUGUGAUGUAGUGAAAACUGCUUGCGUGUUACUUGCAAAUUAGGGCUCAAAUUUGUUCAUAGCUUAAUGUUGAAUGGAAACAUUUUAAUUUACCAAUUACUAAAGUGCUAUUAUUUAAUCUAAAAAGUAAGGAAAUGAGUAGAACAAAGGAUGGUCAAACCUGAAAAAGGAACACAAUAAAACAACGAACAUGUCGGCAGGAAGCCUUCACCAGCGAACAAACAACAGAAAAUUAACGGUAUUAAAUUAAAAAAUAGCCCUUACCUGAGAGGGCAGCAAAAAGAUUUCUUUUGUUGCGUUUCUUUUUUUUUUAGGUUUACCUCUCUUUGUUUUACUUUCCUUUUUUGCUAACCUGAUUGCAGUCUCUCCCCUCAUUACCAUAUUAUUUAAUCUGACUUUUUCAUCUAUUUUCAAUGUGUUUAAUUUUUUAUAUUUAUAGAUUGAUCCAGCUGCCCCACUAGAUAAGGUUUGUCUUUUGGGCUGUGGAAUUUCUACUGGAUAUGGAGCUGCUCUUAACACAGCCAAGGUAAAUUUAAGCUGGAUUUCAUUUUAUAAACUUUAUGCAUGUAACGCUUUCACUGAGUCAAAUUUUUCAACUUAAAUAUUGAGUAUUGGCUGACUUGAGGAUUUAGGUUAAGAAAUGAAUUGCUAAUCAAUGAUAAUAAUUAACAAAUAAUUUAACUUUUCCAGCAGUUUGAUUAUUCAUGUAUGAAAAGGAAUUGUUAAUUUUUGUUAAUGCAAUAUUUUUAAAAAUACAAUCUAUUUGAAAUGGUUGUACAGAUGUGUGCACUGGUGACUUGAUGGCAAUAUGUUUCUAUGGUAUCAGGUGACACCAGGCUCUAUAUGUGCAGUCUGGGGUUUGGGAGCUGUUGGAUUAGCUGUCAUCAUGGGCUGUCAGAAGGCAGGAGCUGAGAGGAUCUUUGGCAUCGACAUCAACUCAGACAAGUUUGAAACUGGUCAAUUAUGUUUCUUAUCAUAAAAGGCAGUUCAAUCAAUAGUUUGUCUAUAAAUCUUCUAUGAUCUGACAUGUAUUCAAAUUUCUGCUUAAACAUUUCUUUUAUAUCAAGGUUUAGCGCAAAAUAUAGAAAAUUAAAAAUCCUAAUGAUAUUUAUUUUUUCAAGAUGUUAAUUAACUCUUUCGCUGCGGAACAACACACACUGUGUUCAUCCGCCAUUCUCAAUAGCAUGGACCAACACGCUCUGGUUGUUUCAAUAUCAUGUUUGUUUCUUUACUAUUUCUGGGUUAAACUUUUUAAAAGCUAUUUUUGAAUAAAACUUUUAUAUUGAAAGUGGUACUUUAUUGUUUAUAAGAAAAACCAAGGUUUAUUUGUUGUCAUUUGAAGCAUUAGUUUAAUGAUUUUCUUAGCUAUUUUUUCUACUGUUGCUAUGGCUACUCUAGGCCCUAGUAUGUGAGUAAGUUUCCUAGACAAUUAACAGCUCAAAAAGCUUUGGAAUUGUUUUAUACUAUUUCUUUUGAUAGUGAAGAUGAUUUAUAUUUAGAUCCAUUGGAUGGUUCCGAUAGUAGUAGUUUUAGAGGAUUUUAGUUAUAGAAGUGAAGAUGAUGUAUGUGUACAUAAUAGGAUUUGAGGAAAAAAAUGGGUUAGCAUAUAAUGAUUUCACAUUUUAUGGUUCUUUUCUGUAGCUUAAUUUAUUUAAAAUGAAUAAAUAAGUUUACAAACAUUUAGUCCUUUCAAUUAUCUUUCAUUUGAUACCAAGUUUACGCUUGUAAACCAAAAAAUUAUAUUUUAAAUAUUUUUAAUAAAUCUUUCACUCUUUUUUGCUCUUCAAAAAAUAAUGUACAUUUUUUCGAUAAAAAAAUUCAGCAGCGAAAGAGUUAAGCAACUGUUUAUUAUUGUUGGGAUUCAGUCUAUGAUUACUUCAAUAAUUGAGGAAUCAGAUUACUUUAAAGAGAUUUGAAAUAGCAUCAUUGGUAAAUUCUCAUAUUUAAACACAGCUCGUGACUUUGGUGCCACUGACUUCAUCAACCCUAAUGACUACGAGAAUAAAACCAUACAAGAGGUUGUCAUGUCACUCACAGAUGGAGGGUUUGAUUACACUUUUGAAUGCAUUGGCAAUGUCCAUACUAUGGUAAAUGAAACAAUGUUAUAUAAAUUACAACAGUUUGGAGGUAAAUGAUGAUUGAAAACUUUUGUGAUUGUUAGCCGUCUGCUUAACCUGAAUGUACAUUUCCAAAAACAUUAAACUUAAUUCUUUAGUCAUAAAUAAUUUAUUUUCUUGAUCAAGAGUUAAAAUUGUAUGAGAAGAAAUUUGGUUUGUGUAUUAGCAUAAAUGUAUAACCUUGCUCUAUUUUAACAUUGCUCCUAGUUUUUAUUUCAUUAAUCAUUACGUAAUUAGUUGUUAUGCGAUUAUUUCCCAAGCGCGCUGCCUUAGAGUGCUGCCACAAGGGAUGGGGUGAAUCAACCAUAAUUGGUGUGGCUGCUGCCGGUCAGGAGAUCAGCACUCGUCCAUUUCAACUUGUCACUGGACGUGUAUGGAGAGGUUCUGCUUUUGGAGGUGGGUGUUAGUAUGCAUCCAUCAGGACAAGAGACAAUGAGUGCAGUAGUCCAGCCAUGUUGCUGGGUUGUCUCAAUGGUGGGUGUUGGUAUGCAUUCAUCAGGACAAGAGACAAUGAGUGGAGUAGUCCAGCCAUGUUGCUGGGUUGUCUCAAUGGUGGGUUUUGGUAUGCAUUCAUCAGGACAAGAGACAAUGAGUGCAGUAGUCCAGCCAUGUUGCUGGGUUGUCUCAAAUUUUAUAAUAUUCUUUAUAUCCUUUUCUUGGGUUAAUGCAGCUUUGAUCUAAAUCCCUAACUGAAGACAUAUCAAGUAAAAAAAAGCAGUGUAUGAGUUGAAUUCAUUUAUGGAUGUCACCUAAAUCUUCAAAAUAUUUUCAAUUUCUCAAACAAAUUACAUUCAAGAUGUUGAAUUAAAACUUUUGUGCAGACUAAUGAAAUAGUACUAUUAUACACCAUUCCAUAAAAAUUUGAUAUGUGGUUUCAUUAUUUUAUGUGAUUUUCUUUACAAGGAUGGAAGAGCCGUGACUCUGUCCCCAAGCUGGUAGAUCAGUACUUAAAGAAAGAGCUGAAAGUGGAUGAAUUUGUUACAUUCACCCUGCCUCUGGACAAGAUCAAUGAAGCAUUCCAUUACAUGCACACAGGUCAAAGGUCAGUAGAAAGAGGAGGGAUUUAUUUGUUUUUGUUUUGCUUGCCUGAGGAGCUCAUCGUUAUGUGACAUCCCACAAUUUUUUCACUCUGCAUUACCAUUUUUUGUCAUACUGGCAUGCAUAACAAAAUCCCAAUGGGACAUCACAAUUCCCUUCUUACACCUAAACCGCCCCCACCAAAAGAAAAAAAAACAAACAAACAAUAGAAACCAAUCCCAACCUACUACCACAUUUGUGUAAACUGACUUAUAUUGUAAUUAUUAUCAGUUACAACAAACAUUAGGGAGUGAAGCAAUUUCAGCUGGGACUAAAAGAAAAUUACCUAUUCUCAUCAUUAUGCCACAUAUCUAUUUACUUGUAAAAAGUAUUCUGGGAAUUGAUGUGAAUGAUUGUGAAUUCCCAAUUAAGUUAACCCUUUCAUUAUCGCUGGGUUUGGGCAUCGAUUUUUGCUGACUCCGCAAUAAAAAAAACACUAUCGGAUUUGCUUUUUAACUUCUCUAUAGAUUAACGAAUAAAUUAAUAUAUAGCAUUGAAAUAUGACGUCGACGUGACGUCCUUGGUAUUUGAGAAAAGUUCUUUGCCUCUUAGUUAUGAUGACAAUGUGAUGUCCUUGGUAAUUCAAAGUGGAUGAUUGUGACAUCACGUCAGCGUCAUCGGUAGCUAAGUGGUUAACAUAACAUGUCUUCAACCAUCCCAUAAAAUAAUCCAAUAUAAAAAUAAGCUAUACUAUUUUACUGCACCUAACGCAAUCCACUAAUAAUGCAAAUGCCUAAAUUUUAGUUUGAAAAAAAAAGCCGUAAAAUGCGAUGUCCGCAUAUCAUGUGAACUGUUAAUCUUGUUUCAUAACAAUAACUCUAUAACUUUGACAAGGCAUACAAUAUUAAUUUCACCGGGUUUAAAUUCAGUACAGUGUAACCUACAGGAAGAUGUAUUACUGCAGCUAGCAUAAUUAACAGAUUGAUUAGAUCUAAAUUCGUCAUGAAGUCAUCUGAUUCUAUUUUCAUAAAAUUGCUAUUCAUUGAUUUUUUUUAAGUACUCAAAAUUUGAUGAAUAUCUAACUUUAAAUGUUAUUUUCAUUCAAAAGUUGUGAUUGAUUCUUUUAGGAAGUAAGUUAACAUAUAAGAAUGUGAGCACGGGGGUGGGGGGGGGGGGGGGGGGGGUGUGGGGGGAUUCAUACAUUUUUCGUGUUGCUAUGUUUUAUCAUAAAUUGUUAACAGGCAGUGAAAAAACUGCUUUUGUGAGUGCAGUGCGAAUCCUUAACUUUUACCUUCCAUAGGAUUUUUAACCUAAAUUUUUUGUAUUAUACGCGGUAAAAUAAGAUACUUCUAAGAUUACUUAUUGCUGGAAAAAAAAAAAUUGACUAAUUUGUAACAGCACAUUAAAUUAAAGCCAUGUUUGUGUUUCAGCAUUAGGUCUGUGAUUGUUUUUGGAGAUUAGACAGUGGAUUCUGCUUGACUGAUGGAGGUAUAGCCUUAGACUUGUGGGAAUAACAUUGAGACAGUUCAUUAUGACUUGCCAAGAGAAUCAUAAUGAAACUCUAAUUCACAUUUACAAUUUUUAUGGAGAUAAUAUGCUUGUGAAUCUAAUUAGUCAUGAAAAUACUUUAAAAUGCUAAAACAUGAUAUCUGUUGCUGAGUCUACAUGCCAGUAAAAUGUAUGGUUUGAUUAGUGCAGACCUGCACAACUCUGCACAAAAGUAUGUUGGGCAGGCCUGGUUUAGUGAGAUGUUUCUUCGAGCCUUAUUGUUAUGUCAUUUGAAUGGCAGUUUCAAUAUUUGGAACUCAUGCACUGAAAGAACUUAUUUAACCAUUUAUUUUGAUUAGGCCCUACUUAAAAUGAUUCACAUUAUUAGAAACUAAUUUACAUGAAUGGCCAAUAUGAGAUUUCUUUGUUUUUUUUUCACUUUCAUGUCUGUAAGAAGUCUGUACAUGUCAUACUUGACUUGUUUCCUCUCAAUAGAUUAUUUUUUUAUUUUUUUUUACAAUGAGCUUUGCAUGAAAAUUAAAUUUUUUCAUUUUCUUAAUUUAGUUGGUUGUUUUUAAGUUGAUUAGUUCAACCCUUUGGAUGUAAUCAGUUGUUUUGUUUUUUAGUCCCACUCUUGCGAUCAUCAAAGUGAAAACAUAAAACUUGACCACCUACUGUGGUGAACUGUAUAAAUGCUUUACUGCCUUGUUUUAUUUUAACAAACUUUAUUGUAGUCAUUUUUUUAAUGAUUGUAAUUUACCAGUAUUGUUUUUGUUACAUGCAGUUAUUGUAAAAGAGCUCUGGCUAAAGUUAUGAUAUGUAUCUUGUUUAUGUUAUCCUCCAUUUCCUUCUACAUUUACAUUUGUGUGGCUUACAGUUCUCCCAUACAGUAGGUGCAGAACUGAUUGAUGGAGUGAUGGGCAUUUGGGGAACAGAGGGUGGGGGUGGGGGUGGCUUUUUUUGCUCAUUUAUAUAAAUAAUCAGAUGUUUCAUAUUUUUUUCCUUUUCUAAACAGACUUCAAUUUGAAAUUUGUUGACAGACUUUGAGCAUUAGCUACAUAAUAUGAAAAUUAAUUGCAGUGUUUGAUAGCGUUGCAUUUACACAUGUCCAAGUUAAUUGUCUGAUCAGUUGUAAAAUGUGCAUAAAUCAUGUCAGAGGUGCAUCAACCAACAUUGAAUAAAUAUGCCUUGAGAGCCGAGAAUUCUGAAAUCCUUCAAUUUAUAUGAACAAAAGACAUCACCCUCGAUGAUGCCAUCAUGGGGUUAUUGAUAAUUAGCACAGUUUUAAAAUAUACUUUAACUACUCAGAUUUAUUUGUUUAACAACAAAUUAGGAUCAAGGAUGUUGAGUUUACUCUUUGUGUGUAUUUAGGAUUGUUACUUUGAAAUAUUAUUACAAUAUGUCUUAUCAACAGAGUACUGACAUUCUACUUACUGAAUACUGACUCUGCACUCACUGAAUACUGACAUCGUACUUACUGAAUACUGACAUCACACUUACUGAAUACUGAACCUGUAACCACUGAAUACUGAUCCUGAUAUCUGCCUGUUUAAAAACUGUGCACAAUGUUUAUGACAAGUCUGAUGUCACCACAGCCAAAAUAAAAUGUUAUGUUACCAAUACCAAAAUGAUUCAAGUCUUGACAUGAUUUUAAAAUGAAGCAAAUGUCUCCAAGAGAUCUAGGCAAUAGAACUAGUGUUCUAUACUAAGACAAUAUUUGAUUGAAUUUUGAAACAUAUUGUUGGUUUAAUGAAGUGAAAGUUUGAUCAAAGUUAUUAAUUGUUGAAAGCUUGCUUCAUUUGACAGCACACUGGUACAGGUGGC